AUGAUCUUAGAAGAAUUUCACAAAAAUAUUUUAAUGAUAUUGGAAGAUGGAGUGACAGUUUUUACUGAUGCCAUAAAAACUAAUGUAUUAGCAAAAAAGAUGGCAAAAAAGUUCACUUCUCCUAAUCCAUUUAAAGAUACUGUAGGAAAUAUGGUUAAUACUUCAGUAUUAUUUUUAGCAUAG